UCACAGAGCGGCCUUUCAAUCCUAUAAUUUUGGCGGCGGUCGGAAGAUGGCGGAAAAUUUGAAAGGUCAAGUUUGUAGGGUAGCAUGUAUUGCUACUGUAGACCAGCUGGAGGUGAUUUGUCGAGGGCAGGGGGUGAAGUGCGAAGAGCUGGGCAUCAACAAGCACAACCUGUGCGAUUAUGAGGUGGAAUAUCUCUGCGACUACAAAAGGAAAGUUAUCACCGAUGGGAAGACACAAACAGUACAGGAGUUAUACUUGGUGAAAUGGAAGGGCUACCCCGAAUCCAGCAAUACAUGGGAACCACGGAAGAACCUAAAGUGCAUAGAUCUUCUUAACCAGUUCUGGGAGGACCUGAAUGCAGAGAUGCAGAGACAGAAGAAGCGUGCUGCCCCUCGUCGCCUAGACCCUGCCACCGUGUCACACCUCGUCCAGCGGGCGAAACUCCGACAGAUCCUUAAACAGUGGGAGAUACACCUCAACAGCCUGGGCACCCACAAGGGCCACAUCUAUGUCCGGAACCUGGUUGACCUGGAAGGCCCGCCUAAGAACUUCACCUACAUAAAUGACUAUAAAGUCGGUGAUGGGAUCAUGCUGAAUGAGGUAUCCGUGGGUUGCGAAUGUACAAACUGCCUGGAGAACCCCGUGGAGGGAUGCUGUGCUGGAGCUUCGCAGCACAAGUUUGCUUACAAUGAGUUAGGCCAAGUCCGCAUUCGGCCCGGGUUGCCCAUUUACGAAUGCAACAAGCGGUGCCGUUGUGGGAUCGACUGCUCGAACAGAGUGGUGCAACGGGGAAUUCAGUAUUCCCUCUGCAUUUUCAGGACAGACAAUGGAAGGGGAUGGGGGGUAAAGACCAUGGAGCGCAUUCGGAAGAACACUUUCGUUAUGGAGUAUGUGGGGGAGAUCAUUACAACAGAAGAAGCAGAACGCAGAGGUCAAAUAUACGAUAAAGAGGGUGCCACCUAUCUUUUUGACCUGGAUUAUGUUGAUGACGAGUACACGGUGGAUGCUGCUCACUAUGGAAACAUCUCUCACUUUGUCAAUCACAGUUGUGACCCCAACCUCCAGGUAUAUAAUGUGUUUAUUGAUAACCUGGAUGAGCGGCUGCCGCGGAUAGCGUUCUUUGCCACACGUGGGAUAAAGGCAGGAGAGGAGCUCACAUUUGACUACAAAAUGAAAAUUGAUCCGGUAGAUGCCGAGAGCACGAAGAUGGAUUCAAAUUUCAGUCUGACGGGACUCCCAGGCUCCCCCAAAAAGCGCAUGCGCGUAGAGUGCAAAUGCGGGGUACCGACAUGUCGAAAGUACCUCUUUUAGAGGAAGUCAAUGCAAAAUAGGGACUGAAAAAAGAUCAUGUGUUCCAGUGAAUGUUGAAAGCAUUUGCAGUUUAGAAACUGCUUUGGGAGGUGUUUUGAAAUACUUCUUGAAUUUUAAAUAUAUAUUUAAGAAUUUUUUUUUAUUUCCCCAGAAUCAACCUCAACUUUUUCCGUAGCAAUGUUGUGUUCCGUGUUUAAAUAGUGUAUAAAAUGUGGCAUUAAAUUUUCAAUUUGUCCGUUAGAAAAGAUGUCUGUAAAGUUAAAAAAUAUUUUUAGUACUGUUUUAAACCCAUAUUUUAAUCCAUAUCAAACUUUGACAUGAUGGAAUCUAUAAAAAAAAAAAAAAGAUUUUAAUUUUUUUUUUUUUUUUUAACAUUGAAAUGUUCAUAUGCUUUAUCCGUUUUAAUAGGAGGGGUUUUCUUUUUUACUUUUUUCGGCAAAGUUUUGUAGUGUAAUUUUUCCCCUGAUUUUAGGAAAUAUCUUUAGGCCAGUGCAAAAUAUCAAAAAUCUACAAUGUUGUUACUUCUAUUUUUUUUUUUUUUUUUUUU